AUGUUAACUCAUUUCAAACAAUCUCUGUACAUGUUAACUCAUUUCAAACAAUCUCUGUACAUGUUAACUCAUUUCAAAACAAUCUCUGUACAUGUUAACUCAUUUCAAACAAUCUCUGUACAUGUUAACUCAUUUCAAACAAUCUCUGUACAUGUUAACUCAUUUCAAACAAUCUCUGUACAUGUUAACUCAUUUCAAACAAUCUCUGUACAUGUUAACUCAUUUCAAACAAUCUCUGUACAUGUUAACUCAUUUCAAACAAUCUCUGUACAUGUUAACUCAUUUCAAACAAUCUCUGUACAUGUUAACUCAUUUCAAACAAUCUCUGUACAUGUUAACUCAUUUCAAACAAUCUCUGUAGAUGUUAACUCAUUUCAAACAAUCUCUGUACAUGUUAACUCAUUUCAAACAAUCUCUGUACAUGUUAACUCAUUUCAAACAAUCUCCACGCGUGUGUGA